CCUGGCCAGGGGCGGACUGACCAUUUGGAAACUCAGCACUGCCCGGGGCAGAUAGGGGAUCGUGGGGCCCCUGUGUCCUUGCCCAAACUCAAAAAAGCCUAUGAAAAAGGUACCAGGGGCAUCUCAUGGGGCCCCUUACUGACCCCGGGCCCUCGGGCAGUGCCCGAGUUUCCAAAUGGUCAGUCCGCCCCUGGUGCGGACAUAGACACAGCCCACUGUUCUCUUUGGGGCGGUCGGAAUUUAAAUGGACCGCCUGUCCAUUUACACCCGAUGGCCAUCCGAUCCGCU